AUGCAGAAAUCCUUUUCACCCCCUCCCCCCACGGAGGCGGAGCUCAAGGAGCUGCGCCGUCGACUGUGGUACAAGGAGAUCACCCCUGGCCUGUUGAAGCAGUGUCCACCGGGGAAGAUUCCUUUCACCCUACUCCCUGAGUCGCCCAAGCGUCGCCGCCCGCGUCACCGCCCGCAGCGCACUGUCGUUCUUUCUGAGAGGCCGCUCUCCACCCCCACGUUUGGCGAUGUCUGCAAGACGCCACCUUUGUGUGAUCUGUCUUUUGUUGACACACCGCCAUCGUGGGAUGCGGACCUCUCCAACCUCUCUGCCUCUACAUACCACUCUGGUCAACGAGACCUGAAGGCCACCAAGCUUUCGUCCAUUCCUUCUUCACUUUCGGCAGAGUCUUUCUCAGCCGUGUCCCUUGGCCAACUCGGCUUGAAAGCCACCAAGCUUUCGUCCAUUCCUUCCACCCCUCCACGCCAGUCCUCCCCUUCGCCAGCUUCCGACUCUACGGGCAGUCUGCUUCGUUUAGUUCGUGAGGUGAAGCGAUUCGCGGAUAAGGGCCGGGCGGAACGGGAAGCUUUAAGACGCGAACUCGCUUCGUUCGACUUCUCCGACGAUCCUUUCACUACCUCGGCAGAGAACUUCUCAGCCGUCCCACUUGGUCAGCCUGACCAGAAGGCCUCCAAACCUUCGUCCACUCGCUCUUCCUCUUCCCUCUCGGCAGAGAGCUUCUCAGCUGUUUCUCUUGGCCAGCUCGGUCUGAAGGCCUCAAAACCUUCGUCCACUCGUUCUUCCUCCUCCCUCUCGGCGGAGAGCCUCUCGGCUGUUCAACUCGGUCACCUCGACCAGAAGGCUUCAAAACCUUCGUCCACUCGUUCUUCCUCCUCCCUCUCGGCGGAGAGCUUCUCGGCUGUUCAACUCGGUCACCUCGACCAGAAGGCCUCAAAACCUUCGUCCACUCGUUCUUCCUCCUCCCUCUCGGCGGAGAGCUUCUCGGCUGUCCAACUCGGUCACCUCGACCAGAAGGCCUCAAAACCUUCGUCCACUCAUUCUUCCGUCUCGGCAGAGAGCUUCUCAGCCGUUUCCCUUGGCCACCUCGGCUUGAAAGCCACCAAGCUUUCGUCCAUUCCUUCAACCCCUCCACGCCAGUCCUCCCCUUCGCCAUCGUCUUCCGACUCUACGGGCAGUCUGCUUCGUAUUGCUCGGGCGGCGAAGCGAUUUGCGGAUGAGGGCCGGGCGGAGCGGGAGGCAGUCAGACGCGAACUCGCGAUGUUUAACUUCAGUCCUUGCACCCCCCCAUCGCAGCCUCUCCAAACCUUUGGAGACGUCUGCAAGACACCGCCACCUCUGUGUGACAUUUCAUUCGUUGACACGCCACCGUCGGGCCCAUCUGAGGCCUCGACCUGGCACACCCCCUCAGUUGCCUCCUGCGACUCUACGCCAACCCUUCUUCGUAUGGCUCGCCAGAUGAAGAAGGAAUGCCUACAAAGUGCAAAGGAGCGCGCUGAGUGGAUCCAUGAGAUUGAGCCUGUCGACUCGUCCGAUUCCGACAUCCAUUCUUUUGACACUUACGAUCUCCUCGUGGAGGACUCCGUUGACAUGCCUGGUGGCUUCACUCCUUCGCCACCACGCAGUCACCAGGAGAGAAUCCGCGCCCACUUUCAUUCAGCUCGUCAGGAGCCCGUCUACUACCCAGCACCAGUAGUUUCGUCGGAAGCAUCUGGCCGGCCUCGUGCCGCGUCCUGGAUGUGGAAGGCUUGCACUGCUGCUGCUGUCACGGUCGCGGCUGGCCUUGGGUACGCUGCGUACUCAUGGUUCACAUCGUGA